AUGGAGAUCGUCUCAAGAAAACUUGUUAAGCCAUCCGCUCCUACUCCUCACCUCAAAACCUUCAAGCUCACUCUGUUAGACCAAAGAAUGCCUUCCAAUUUGUACGGAAAGAUACUUCUAUUCUAUCCCGGCAACAACAACAAUAAUAGCGCUACCCUUGUCUCUGAAAGAUCAAACAACCUACAGAAGUCACUAUCCAAAACCUUGGUUAGUUUCUAUCCUCUAGCUGGGCAGCUCAAAGACGAUGUCUCCAUUGAUUGCAAUGAUGAAGGUGCUUAUUUUAUAGAAGCGAAAAUCAAUUGCAGCAUCUCUGAUGUUCUCUCCCAACCUGAUCCCAACUUACUUGAACAGUUUGUCCCCUGCACUAAUGAUGCUGAAGCCUUGAAUGUCAUGAUUACACUUAUCCAACUCACUGUCUUUAAAUGUGGUGGGAUUGCGGUUGGAACCUGUAUAUCGCAUAAGAUUACAGAUGCAUCAUCUAUGUUCACUUUUCUUGGGAGUUGGACAGCAGAUGCUCGUGGUGAAAUUGGAGUUCUUCCCGUGUUCAUCGAACCAUCUCUGAUGCCACCUUCGAGUACACCAAUCAGACCAACUCCUGGCUUUCGUGGAGUUCAGAAUUUCGUAACGAGGAGGUUUGUUUUCAGCCACUCAAAGAUGGCAAGUCUCAAGGCAGAAUCUAGUACACUACUUCAAAAGCUUGGCCAUAAUGCUCCCUCUACAGAUGUUGAGCUAGUAACAGCAAUUCUGUGGAAAUGUGCUAUUGCUUCUUCUCAAUCUAUAUUAGGACGACCAAGGCCUUCGUUGAUGUCCCAAGUGGUGAAUCUACGCAAUAGAAUGGUCCCUCGGCUGCCCGAGAAUACGAUGGGGAAUCUCAUUUUUGAUUUCCAUGUGUUGAUUGAGGAAAGUAACAAGGAAUUACCUGAGAUGGUUGCCAAUAUGAGAAAAGGGUUCAAAGACUUCUGCAGUCACAAGGCAAACAGAUUCAUAGGUGAAGACGCUGUAUCAGUUCUUUUUGAUUCUCUUGAAGAGGAGGAUGAACUAAUUACUAAAAUGGGAGUGACCAUCUUUAGGUUUGCAAGUAUAUGCGGAUUUCCGCUUUAUGAUAUGGAUUUUGGUUGGGGGAAACCCAUUUGGGCCACUAAUCGGCCUGGAUCACUCAACAACUUAUUUACUUUGAUUGAUACCAAAGGGGGUGAAGAUAUUGAAGCAUGGGUGAAUCUGGAACAACAAGAGAUGGCUAUAUUUGAGCGUAGUGAGUUGCUUCUUUCAUUUUCAUCCUUGAACCCUAGUGCAAUAAUUAUGGGACGCUGCUGCUUAUGA